AUGACGGGGAAAUCAACUUUAAGUAUGCUGUUGGAAAACUCUCAUCAAUUGGAUGACAACGAAAACGUGUUGUACUCCAUGUCAGAUGAAGAUGAUGAUUAUCAGCACCAUUUCCAUCAAGACAGCGAUGAGGACGAAUUGCCCAAAUCAUUCAACUCGGCCCACUUUUCAAUUUCUGAAGACAGGUUUAUGAAAGAUCAUGAUUUGAAAGUAAAGGCUUUUGAGGCGUUGCAUAACAAUAGCAGUAAUAAUAACAAUAAUAGUCAAACCCAAACUUUUUCACCUCAGUCUCCUAAACUAACUACAAUUAGAAGAAGAUCAUCUAUUAUUGACAUGCCACAAAGAGUAAACAACUUUAAUCCAACCAGCCCCCAAAACAAGUUUGGUCAAAAUUUUGCUACUGAUCCCAAUGCCUUGCCAGAGGAAUACCCUUCAGAUGAGCUAAUUGAGUUUUACCAAAAUGUGAAAAAAUGCUUAGACUUUAGACACAAGUAUUUAGAUUUAUCGUUACAAACACCAGAACUGUCUAAUCCCAAAAACCAGCCAGAUUGGAAAAUCUAUCCGCCACCUCCAAAACCUACAUAUAAAUCUAAAAAUAGAUUCAAUCAAAUUCCUAGAGAAUCCGACGAUGACGAAGAAGAGGAAUUCGACUUUAAUAAGUGUGAAAUUCCAAAUAUCAUAGAUAGCCCUUAUUAUUUUGGCCUUGAUGACGAAGACGUUUAUCAAGUGCACGAGAAAAAAACAGAUAAGACAUUGGUCAAGAUUCCCAAUUUGCAUGAUUACUACUCGGACUUGAAUACAAUUUCGAAAAUAUCUUCUGAUGGACCUUCAAAGUCUUUUGCAUACAAGAGGUUGCAAUAUUUAGAAGCGAAAUGGAACAUGUAUUACUUGUUGAACGAGUUUGAGGAAACAAAACAAUCCAAACGUAAUCCACACAGAGACUUCUACAAUGUCCGUAAAGUUGAUACACAUAUCCACCACUCUGCUUGCAUGAACCAGAAGCAUUUAUUACGGUUCAUUAAAUAUAAAUUGAAGACGGAACCUGACAAGCAAGUCAUUUUCAGAGAUGGCAAGAUUUUGACAUUGGCAGAAGUGUUCAAAUCGUUGAAUUUAACAGCGUACGAUUUGUCUAUUGAUACUUUGGAUAUGCAUGCGCACACCGAUACUUUCCACAGAUUUGAUAAAUUCAAUUUAAAGUACAACCCAAUAGGCGAGUCCAGAUUGAGGGAGAUAUUUUUGAAGACUGACAACUUUGUUGAUGGGAAAUAUUUGGCAGAAAUAACCCAACAAGUUAUGGAGGAUUUAGAAAGCUCCAAGUAUCAAAUGAAUGAAUUGAGGAUUUCCAUUUAUGGAAGGUCCAUCCAUGAGUGGGACAAAUUGGCAGCUUGGGUUAUUGACAACAAAUUAUUCAGCCACAAUGUUAGAUGGUUAAUACAAGUGCCAAGAUUGUAUGAUAUUUAUAAGAAGAAUGGCAAUGUUAGGUCCUUUCUUGAUAUUAUGAAAAAUGUUUUCGAACCAUUGUUUGAGGUCUCGCUUAAUCCAAAAUCACACCCAAAGCUAUAUGUGUUUUUGCAAAGAGUAGUUGGAUUUGACUCCGUUGAUGAUGAAUCCAAGUCUGAAAAACCAAUACAAUCGCGCAAAUAUCCGCCGGCCAGUGAAUGGAACUCCAUUUCCAACCCGCCCUAUUCCUAUUAUUUGUACUAUCUUUAUGCAAAUAUUGCCAGCUUGAAUAAUUUGAGAAUGAAAAAUAAUAUGAAUACAUUUGUGUUGAGACCACAUUGUGGUGAAGCUGGUGAUCCAGAGCACUUGAUUAGUGCAUUUCUAACCUCGUACGGAAUUUCGCAUGGUAUUUUAUUGAGAAAAGUGCCAUUCAUUCAGUACUUGUAUUACCUAGACCAGAUUGGGUUGGCCAUGUCACCGCUUUCUAACAAUGCGUUAUUUUUGACUUAUGAUAAGAAUCCUUUCUACAACUUUUUCAAAAAGGGGUUGAAUGUAUCAUUGUCCACAGAUGACCCAUUACAGUUCUCAUACACAAAAGAACCUUUGAUAGAAGAGUAUUCUGUUGCAGCACAAAUUUACAAGUUGUCUGGUGUCGACAUGUGUGAAUUGGCUAGAAACUCGUGUUUACAGAGUGGAUGGGAAGCAAAUAUCAAGAAGCACUGGCUAGGUAAAAACUAUAUGAAGGGGGGUGUUGAAGGAAAUGACAUUGAGAAAACCAAUGUUCCUGAUAUCAGAGUGGCAUUCAGAGAAGAUGCAUUGCAAUCAGAGAAAAACUUGGUGAAAUAUUAUAAUGGAUUGCACAGAAAACUGCUGGAUGCAAAUUCUGCGACGUAA